AUGGGCAACUGUGCUAGCAACCCCAAAACCAACGAAGAUGAGGUUCCAGUGCCUGAGCCUAUGCCCGUCACUGAGGAGGUGAAGGUUGAACAGCAAGAGAACAAGGCUGAGGAUUUUCCCGAGGCCAAGAUUGAAGACUCUCCCCUCCCAGUCUCCUCCGAUGACAACUCUCUAGCCACCUUGCUUAACGAGAAUGGUGAAAAGAAAGAAGAGCAGGGUGAGGUGAAGGAGGAAUCCAAGACUGAGGAGGUGAAGGCCGAAGGCGUGAAAGAAGAGAAAGUCGUCACAGAGGAGGCAAAGCCUGAAACCAAGGAAGAGAAACCAACAGCUUAA